AUGACGGCUAAAACUGAGUCCGUGCCUGCCCCCAAGAACGAGCGCGACAGUCCUAAUGAAAACUUUUCGUUCAGCCCUAUGCUAUACAACUUUCGAGUGGCACCDCCACCCGGACACAACAAAACGUUUUCACUCCAACAGCCGCUGGCCACACUGUUCGACAACCUGAUCACAGUACUGUGGUCGGUAUACGGCAAGAAAUCGAAAAUCAAAAUUGGCGUCAAUCAAUUACAAUGGGCAUUGGAGUUCUUGAGAUGCAUGAAAGUUGACUACGGUUACCCGGAAAGCAUAGAGAAAAUUGUUGGUGAGCUGGAAGAACAGCUGAUAUCACUUUACGCCAAGGUCGGUGAAAAAAUGCAGGAAAAAAAACGGAAAAAAGACCUAGAAGAAAUAGAAAAAGAUGUCACUGAGAAAAACUCGAAAAGUUCUGGUAUUGACAAAUCCAUGACGGACACAUUUACAUCAUUUAACGAAGAAGAUAUCAUGGGAAAGCUAGGUGUGACCAAGUUGACGUUAGAUCCCGUCUCCGGUGAAGCGAAAUACUUAAAAGAGUUAAACUCGUUGGGUAAAAGGAAACAAAAACCACAAGACCCGUGCGCCAAUGAUAAAAAACAAACGAAAAAUUACAUGAUUGGUGCUUUACAAAAGAUUCUGAGCAAAACAACAGAACCAGACACUAAAAACGGAGUCGAAGAAUUAAUAAAAGGUCUUAAAGUUGACAACAUUCCAUCGAAAAAGACAUAA